CUGUUCACCCUUCUCAUAUCAUUCUAACCCUGUCACACGCUGUGCCGCACCGACGGCUUCGUCCAUUCUGUCUCGCCUCGCUCUCCCCCCCGUACUCCUCGUGGGCCCACCGGCUCCUUUCACUUUUGACCCUGAUGGCAUUUUGAUACUUACCUCUGUUGUCCUGGUGUAAGACAAGGAAGCAGGCUCGGGCCGUGCCCUACGCCUACCCGGUCGACACCCGUCGUGUCAGUGGUCAGAGCAUGCCCCGGCGGAAGUUGCACUCUAGUGUCUCCCUGCCCAAGCAGCCUCCAGAUGCUAGCCAUGCGUCCUUGCUAGCCUCCAACUCCCACAUGUUCUCUGGACACUCUUCAUCCUUCAACGCUGGCUUGAGCGGUGGCAUCGACGUCGACUUUUGCUUUGGGCUGCCCAGUCCCCCCACGCCAAGUCCCGUCAACCACCUCAGGUUGGUAGAAACCUCGUCCUACAACUCAUCCCACCCUAGCACGUCGGAUGCCAACGUGCCCCUGGGUGACUUUCUGGCAACCUGGGGUGUAGGCUGCGUUGACCCCUCGAAUCCCGUGGGCGCCUUCGCUUGUGCGACUUGGCCGCUCGACCCAGGGUGUCACGACACAUACGUCCCGCAACACCUCCAGAAUCACGAGUAUCCUACUGGAGCUCACCACCCACUUGCCCAGAACAGCCAGGGUGUUGCCUCAUUUCCGGCACAUCAGUUUGGCUCGCUCGAUUCCGGGCACUACCCGAACUCGUUCUAUCAGGUCUUUUCGCCUGAGCCAGCCCACAGUUUAGGCAGCGAUCCCUCAUUCCUACCCCGGCCGAUGUCUAGUGGCGCCAUGGACGGGUCAUGGGUAUUGGAGCCGGAGGAACCUGCCAAUACUGUCGAAGACGUCACCCAUGAUUUGGCAGUGGCGUUGGACGAGACUUCGCUGCCGUGUCGAGAUUAUUCAGAGGGGUCAGACGAUGGCGUGCUGGUGGAGAUCCCAAGCGCCUCUGUAGAACCCACCGUUGCUCAUCGCUCGUCGCUGUCCCCCACGGCUACGCAAACGGCUGGAAAGGGAAAGAAGCAUACACGAAGCUGCCUAUCGCCGGAAGGGCGUAUGGAGGCAGCGUGUACGCGCAGGAAUGGAGCUUGUGUGCGCUGUGUCAUGCAGAAAUCCAAGUGUCGUGCGGACCCAGAUAACCCACUCGGGGGGUGCUUGACCUGCGCAGAUGUCUCGUUGGAGUCCAAGAAGGUGAUUCACAGACUAUCAUGUGUCCGGUGGAAACUCAGCGAGGUGGUCAUGUUUCGCGGAGAUGGGCUCAACUUAACCAGCAGAUGGAGAGGAACAGCCAUGAAGGACCUCGGACCCAGUGACUGGGUGGACAACACGCCGCGCAUCCUGGUUUGGCAGCUGGACCAUACGCCUUAUCCCCUGCAGUUUGUUGUCAAGCGCUUCCGCCCUCAGCCAGGCGACAGCGUGACGCGAAGAUGGCAGGACUCGAAGGGGCGGAAUCGAGAGACGCGCAUUGAGCCAUUUGGCUUAGCUGAUAUACACAGAACCGCCCAGGACUACAUGAUGUACAACUAUACCAACGCCCUGCUGGCGCUGGAUAAAGUAAGGAACGAGAUGACUGGCCAGGUCGACGAGAUCGUCUGCAGAACCUACGAAGAAGUCUCACGGCGCAUCGUAAUGACCGAAAGACCGCAGGGUCUGGGUGCCAAGAAGGUAAACCCUGCCGAUUUCUUACACAAAUACAUCAAGCUUUGGUUCGGAAUUCGCAAUUCCGUGGGUUCUGCAUUCAUCACCCCGGGCACCGACAUGCUGGAUAUGCAACCGGAAACUCAUCCCGACUACCCGUAUGGGGACAAGGUGUCGAUCCCGAGGAUGAUUUCGGAGCAGUUUUACAACCUCCAGUACGAGAAGCUCCUGGUGCCUGUCCGGAGGCAGAUUCUGGAAGAACUCAAACAGAUGAUGACUGGCAAAGAGCCUGAGCACUUCUAUACUGUCUACCUGACCAUUUUCAUGCUGCUCUACGAGACUUCGUUCGCCAGUGCAGAUCGGCACCGUCGCGCAGUGCAAUACGAUGAGCCCACAUAUUACUCGCUCCCCUUGUUUGUGGAGAACCUGCAGUUCAGCGCCAACAUCUUGCUUCUGUACUGGCACUAUUACAAGCGAGAUUUCAACCCGCUCAGAAUGAAUUGGGACAGCGUCAAGAAGAAAGAUCCUUGGUCCAAACUGACCCUCCAACAAAGAGGUUUCCUACAUGGCAGUUGGCAGUAUUUUGCAGACAGGGCUGCACGGCCCAUGGAGAAGCUGACAUGGAAGGAUGAGCUGUAUUUCGUCGCACAAAUGUUUGAAGAUGACUGGUUUGUUCGUCCGACGUACGCGGGAAAUUGAGCAUUCCCAACCCGAGGGCCAGGGGCAACAAGGCAGAAAAGACGGGCUGGGCGUUUCGGUACGGAUAAAUGAGUGCGAUCAGCAAUGGUAUUCGGUCAUGGGACGGGUGGUUCUUUGGAUUGGGUUUAGAGGUGCGUUACAUUGGGAAAACAGCGGUUCGCUGAAUGUGAUUAGCAAGCACGGGUCUGGCUAGGGC